AUGUCGUUUCAGCUCUACAGAAAUCACUCAAGCCUUCCCAGUGAAAGCAGCGACACAUCCAGCUCUGGCCUGGGCAGCAUCAUCGAGACCCCCAAACACAUCCUCUACUCAGCCUGCAGUUUACCUCACACCUUGGACGACUUGCUGGCUGGGCUGUCGGUUCCAAAGAAAGCCGCUCGCAAGCCCGCACCAAGCCGCCCUCGACGCAGCAGCAGCCCCAGCGUCCCCGUUGACCUGGACAUGAGCGACGGGGAGACCAGCCUCUCUGACAGCGGCUCAGAGUCUCCUGUGUGUGUGGAACUGCCGCCACAGCCCUUCAUCCGCGAGCACACUGUCAGCAGCACCAGCGCUCAGGUUUCUUGGUCCGGCCCACGCAACGGGGAGUUGAUUUCCUUCUACGAGCUGCAACUGCAGGAGGCCAGGCUGGAUGGUCAAGGCAAGAACAUCCACUGGUUUUGCUCGCAGACAGAAGAGCAUCUGGAGAAUCUGACUCCUGACACUACGUACUUGCUCCGCGUGAGGUCUCUCAAUGUGGCAGGUGCUGGGAAGUGGAGUGCACCCUAUAAGGUGAGCACAGUCCUCCUGGUGGGGCGGCGGGUGCACGUACCAUAG